GUAUCCAUUGCUAUCCUUCAACACGCUGUUGAAAAUGUGGCAAGCUCGCAGAUUUUUCAAACUUACCGUUCUGGGGGCAGCCUCCUUAGGUACUUUCGCUUCCCUUCGUAACAAUGAGUAUGACAUCAGCUCCAUUGGUAUCGUCCGACUGUCACGAGCCGCUUCAUCAGUUUUUAUCAUCGGUUCAAAUUAUCGAAAAACUCUCUAUUCUACUUCUUUCCCUAAGGACUCUCCAGAAUAUAUUCAAUUAACAUCGUCAGCUCAUUCCUUUGGUGCAGCACAAUUGCUCGAGCUGUGCUGUGCCAACAAAGGUGUCUACAUUAAAGUGGGCCAACACAUUGGUGCUCUGGAAUAUCUUCUUCCUAAAGAGUACGUACAGGCCAUGAAGAUACUACAUAGCAAGGCGCCUCAAUCCUCUUUUAAUGAUGUUCUUAUCGUCUUGAGAGAAGACUUACAAAAAAACCCUUACGAAAUUUUCACCACAAUUGAUCCUGAACCAAUUGGAGCUGCUUCCCUCGCCCAGGUUCACCGAGCUGUUCUCAAAGAUGGAGCAGUUGUUGCCGUUAAAGUCCAGCACAGAUCAGUGAAGACCAACUCUUACGUGGAUAUCAAGACCAUGGCGGCUUUGGUGAAAAUUUGCUCGUGGAUAUUUCCAGAGUUUAAAUUCGACUGGCUUGUUGACGAGACCAAGAAAAACAUCCCCAGGGAACUAGACUUCUAUCAUGAGGGGCAAAAUGCAGAAAAGGUUCAAAAGAUGUUCAACCACUAUAAUUGGCUGAAAGUGCCUAAAAUCUAUUGGACGCUGUCGACUCCUAGAGUCCUAACUAUGGAGUUUAUCGAAGGAGGACAAGUGAACGAUCUCAAUUACAUUCAACAAAAUAAUAUCAACCCAUACGAGAUUACUUCAAAGUUAGGAAAACUGUACAGUCAUAUGAUCUUUGUAACUGGUUUUGUUCACUCCGAUCCCCAUCCCGGAAACGUGCUGGUGCAAAAGAAUGGAAAGAAUGAAACAGAAAUCGUUCUCCUCGAUCAUGGUCUCUAUGCCGAGCUGUCUGAUGAGUUUAGGUGGGAAUAUUCAAAGUUAUGGAUGUCAAUCCUCAAUAAGGAUAAAGAAGGGAUGAAAAGAUACUGCACCGACUUAGGAGUUGACGAUCUUUAUGGGCUGUUAGCAUGCAUGGUUUCUGGAAGAACGUGGGACACUAUCAUGGCUGGGGUGGAGAGAACAAAAUACACUAGAGGUGAAAAAGAAAUGUUCCAAAAGGAGGUGCCCAAUCUGUUACCACAGAUUAGUGAAGUGUUGGAGAGGGUCAAUCGACAGAUGUUGCUAAUUCUCAAGACUAAUGAUUUAAUAAGAAGUAUUGAGCACACACUCGGGACAUCAAAGAGGAUGUCUGCAUUCAUGGAGAUGUCCAAGUGUUGUGUUCAUGCUGUUUAUGAUGAAAAGAUGCGAAAUAUAGAGAGGACAAGAGAUAGACUUGCAAUUUUGUUAGAAAAGAAAUGGAGUCUAUGGAAAUUGUUCAUGUAUUAUACGUGGCUGGGAGUUGUUAAUUUUGAUUUGAAGAAAAGUGUUGAAUCCUUGUUGAAUAAAAACAUCUAUUUAUUUUAGAAAAA